GAGCUGCUCGAGGAGGAGGACCCCGACCGCUACCAGACGCAGUUCGCAAACUACAUCGAGAAGGACAUCGAGGCCGACUCGCUCGAGGAGAUGUACCAAAAGGCGCACGAGGCCAUCCGCGAGGACCCCGAGUUCACGCCGAGCGAGAAGAAGGACUCGUACCCGGCGGUCAACGACCAGCCCAGGAAGACGUACGAGGAGCGCAAGGCCAGCGUGGCGGCGAAGAAGGCGGCCAUG